GCUCGCCAACCAGCAAUUAUCCGGCGAACGCCCGAAGCCGCGCACGCACCAUUCCUACGGAAUCUCGGGAACUUGAAUACGUGUGCAAAGAAAGAUAGAAGAGAAAAAAAGAGAGAGCCUCUUCUGGGCUCGGCAAUUACUCUUGAUUUCUUAUAACUCGUUUACUUAAUUUCUUUUAUUUCUUAACCUAUAUAUACGCGCAUGUAAGUCAAUUUUUUUUAAUCGUACCAACUCGUUCGACUUCCUUCUUCUUUUUCAACGUUCUCGGGCAGUUUAUCACGGUGACAUCGGAAUACUAACCGCGAGACGGUAGAAGUGAAGUGAUGGCGCAAGUGAUGCAGUACCAGCAGAUGUGCGUCCCGACCAUGUCCCCGAUGACGAGUAUACCACCCAUGUCUACGUUGUCUGUACCAAUGAGCCAGCACCACGUGAUGGAUUACGCUAAUACCGGAGUUCAUUAUCAGCCAUACAAUCAUCAGAUAUCGAGUCAUCAUCUACAGACGCCGCAGUCUAGUUAUUGGUUUCCUGGUGCCGGUAAUCAUGGACAGAUCGCUGAACCCCUGAUGCAACAUCACAGUCCUGCCUCCUGGACAACGCAGUCCCAACUGCCGUCAAUUCCUCCUGUACAGCAUUAUCCUCUACCUCCGAGUCCGCCGGAACUGCCGCCGAGUCCUCAGGGUCAUACGUCGCCUUAUCAGUGGCCACUGACCCCACCGUCGGAGCAUCUCUUGACCAGCGAGGAUGUUAAACCAGGUCGAAAGUGCACCAGGUGUCGUUGCCCUAAUUGCCAGAUCGAUGGCGGAAGUCAACUAGGUCUUGAUGGGAAGAGACAACAUAUUUGCCACGUGCCAGGAUGCGGCAAGGUUUACGGCAAGACUUCCCACCUCAAGGCGCAUCUACGUUGGCAUACCGGUGAGCGACCGUUUGUCUGCAAUUGGUUAUUCUGCGGGAAGAGAUUCACUAGGAGUGACGAACUUCAACGACAUCUUCGUACGCACACUGGAGAAAAGAGGUUCGCGUGUCCUACGUGUGGCAAACGCUUUAUGCGCAGCGACCAUUUGACGAAGCACGUUAAGACUCAUGAGAAUCAAAAGCGGAAGUCUGGUAAGAAAGAUGGAAAUAAGGAGAAUCUGCCGAGACAGGAGGAACAUGCCAUUCAUGGACCACCUCAAUAUAUCAUGGGUGGCCAUUUUACGGCUAUGGUUUAAUUGGACGUUUAAUCAUGGGAAAGUGUAACGGUAUUGAUCUAGAUCGAUAACUACAGCGGCGCGAAUGCCACUUGGGAAUCUGUGAUGUCCUAUGGAGUGCCUUGUAAAUAGUUGGUUAUGAUGAAAGUUCCUAUUGUCCGUUUUGUAAAUAUCAUUGUAUAUUUUUGUACAUUUUGACAGCCUGUAAUUAAAUUAUGAAGAGUUAUUAAAGGUCGGCAUU